AUGGCUCACGCGGCCUCCCAAUUGAAGAAGAAUCGGGGGGAAGUGGAUGUGAAUGCAUUAGAGGACGAGAAGGAGAAGCGGAGGAAGAGCAGGAGAGCAGCGUCCCGGGAACAAAAGAGAAAGGUAACGGACCAGGGCCGGCGGAUUGGUCGAGCUGGCUGGCAGCUUCAUCUGCUCUGCUCCACUGGCAUCACUGGAGCCUGCCUGCCUCAGGAUGAGGUGAACAGUGUCCAUCCGUCUCUUUCCGCCUCUCUAAUAUCGCCUCUCAUCACUCAAACUGCAUCACACGGCUUUCUCCAAGAGCCUGAGAUGUGUCAGACACAACCCAACCGCGCCGUGGGCUUCAUACCGCACAAGAAGUUACAAAAGAGCACAAGCUCAAACAAUUUGACAUUUCCCGUCACAAGUGUCAAGCAUGCAGUUUUCACAAGAAGGGGGCUGGGACCAAAGUAUGAAGAGAUGCUGAAGCAGGGACUUAAUGGACUGAGGAUAGAGGGGUGGUGGGAGGCUAAGGGGCAGCAGGUGACAGAGAAGAGCUGUGCCCUUGAGGCACUCCUACCAGCAGGAGUUGAAACUGCCAGGCUUCUGUGUGUUGUGCGUUACAAAUACAGGCUGCACGGCAUCAGGAUGUUUGGCCCCCCACUCCCCACUUGCCUACACAACCUUGGAUAUCAAGAUCACACUGACACCCCACACCCACCCACCCUUAGACUAAAUGAAGAUGAGGAAGAAAAGGAGGGCGGAGGAGAGGGGGUGGAAGGGAUCUGCCAGUAUGAGGGGAGAAAGAAAGAGGGAAAGAAAUUCAGCAUGGCUGUGGAAGAGGGUGCUGUCUUCCUUACCCAAUCUGAUAGUAAUGCCAGUUACCUGCGAGCAGCCCGGGCAGGGAACCUUGAAAAGGUCAUCGAUUACAUCAAGACUGGAAAUGGCCUAAAUGCUCUUCACCUGGCCUCCAAAGAGGGGCAUGUGGAGGUUGUUGCUGAGCUGUUGAAGCUUGGAGCCACUGUGGAUGCAGCUACAAAGAAAGGAAACACUGCUCUUCACAUCUCUUCACUGGCUGGCCAGGCGGAAGUUGUCAAAGAGCUGGUUACAAAUGGAGCCAAUGUCAACGCUCAGUCUCAGAAUGGCUUCACUCCCCUGUACAUGGCGGCCCAGGAGAAUCACCUGGACGUGGUGCGGUUCCUCUUGGAGAACAGUGCCAGCCAGAGUAUAGCCACAGAGGAUGGCUUCACCCCUCUGGCAGUUGCCCUCCAGCAGGGCCAUGACCAGGUGGUCUCCCUGCUACUGGAGAACGAUACAAAGGGCAAGGUACGCUUACCUGCCCUGCACAUCGCUGCACGCAAGGACGACACCAAGGCCGCGGCCCUGCUCCUUCAGAACGACCACAACGCGGACGUUGAGUCCAAGAGUGGUUUCACCCCCCUCCACAUCGCAGCUCAUUAUGGCAACAUUAACGUGGCGACUCUUCUGCUGAACAGAGGGGCCGCUGUGGACUUCAUGGCUCGGAAUGACAUCACACCACUUCAUGUGGCAUCAAAAAGAGGAAACAGCAACAUGGUCAAACUGCUGCUGGACAGGGGAUCCAAAAUAGAUGCGAAGACAAAGGAUGGUCUGACACCUCUGCACUGUGGGGCGAGGAGUGGGCACGAACAGGUGGUAGAAAUCCUGCUGGACCGAGGAGCUCCUAUCCUUUCCAAAACCAAGAAUGGCCUGUCGCCGCUCCAUAUGGCCACUCAGGGGGACCACCUGAACUGUGUCCAGCUCCUGCUCCAGCACGACGUGCCUGUGGAUGACGUGACCAACGACUACCUGACGGCGCUGCAUGUUGCUGCACACUGUGGUCACUACAAGGUGGCCAAACUCAUCGUGGACAAGAAGGCCAACCCAAAUGCAAAGGCUCUGAAUGGUUUCACUCCACUUCAUAUUGCUUGCAAGAAAAACAGAGUCAAAGUAAUGGAGCUGUUGCUAAAACACGGCGCAUCUAUUCAGGCUGUCACUGAGUCUGGUUUAACACCCAUCCAUGUGGCAGCCUUCAUGGGGCAUGAGAAUAUUGUCAAUGCACUGAUACAUCAUGGAGCAUCACCCAACACAACCAAUGUGCGAGGGGAGACAGCUCUCCACAUGGCAGCUAGGGCAGGCCAGGCAGAUGUGGUCCAUUACCUGCUCAAGAACGGAGCCAAGGUGGAGACCAAGUCCAAGGACGAUCAGACGGCGCUGCACAUCUCCAGCCGACUGGGGAAAGUUGACAUCGUCCAGCAGCUGCUGCAUUGCGGCGCUUCUGCUAAUGCUGCCACCACCUCGGGCUACACCCCCCUACACCUGGCCGCCCGCGAAGGACACCAAGACGUUGCCGCCAUGCUGCUGGAGAACGGAGCCUCGCUCUCGUCUUCAACCAAGAAAGGGUUCAGUCCAUUGCAUGUGGCAGCAAAAUAUGGCAAAAUGGAGGUGGCCAGUUUGCUCCUACAGAAAAGAGCCCCGCCUGAUGCUGCUGGAAAGAGUGGACUAACUCCACUGCAUGUUGCCGCUCACUACGAUAAUCAGAGAGUGGCACUGCUGCUGUUGGAUCAGGGAGCUUCUCCUCAUGCUGCCGCCAAGAAUGGUUACACACCCCUCCACAUUGCUGCCAAGAAGAACCAAAUGGACAUUGGGACCACGCUGCUGGAGUACGGUGCCGACACCAACGCCAUGACACGACAAGGGAUCAGCCCCAUUCACCUGGCAGCGCAGGAGGGCAGCGUGGACCUGGUGUCCCUGCUGCUGGCCAAGAACACCAACGUCAAUGUGUGCAAUAAGAGCGGACUUACACCACUGCACUUGGCAGCUCAGGAAGAUAAGGUCAACAUUGCAGAGGUUCUUCUCAACAACGGGGCUGAUGUAAACCCACAAACCAAGAUGGGUUAUACUCCCCUCCAUGUGGCUUGCCACUAUGGUAAUGCAAAGAUGGCGGACUUCCUCCUCCAGAACCAUGCCAGAAUAAAUGGCAAAACAAAGAAUGGGAACACUGCCCUGUCCAUAGCCCGCCGUCUCGGGUACAUCUCUGUGGUGGACACUCUGAGGCCCAUGACGGAUGAAAACCUGAACACAAUGAGCGCAUCGGAAAAACAUAAGAUUAAUGUGCCGGAGACCAUGAAUGAGUUCCUCGACAUGUCAGAUGAUGAAGUUGAGGCAAAUGUGCCAGAAAUUCUCAAUGAGGAGUCUUUUUCAGAUGUUGACGAAGGUGAGGAUGCCAUGACCGGCGACACAGACAAAUACCUGCGGCCUCAGGACCUCAAAGAGCUGGGCGACGACUCGCUCCCCCAGGAGGGCUACAUGGGCUUCAGCAUCGGAGCCCGCUCGGCCAGUUCGGAUAGGUCCAACACGCUCAACAGGAGUUCGUUUGCUCGAGACAGCAUGAUGAUUGAGGAGAUUCUGGCCCCCACAAAAGACACACUUCAAAGUGUCUGUAAAGACAUUUCCUACUUGGUUGACCCCCUCAAUAAGCACCUCGCCGUGAGCAGGGACCAAAGCUCAGAAUGUAUGAGGCGCUACAGCUGGACCCCGGACACCAUGGACCACAGCCACAACACUGUGUCCAGCCCCAUUCACUCCGGCUUGUCCUCCCCGCUCCCUCAGUAUGACUCCAGGUUCUUAGUGAGCUUCAUGGUGGAUGCCCGUGGUGGUUCAAUGAGAGGCAGCCGCCACAACGGCAUGCGCAUCAUCAUCCCUCCCCGGAAGUGCACCGCCCCCACCCGCAUCACCUGCCGUUUGGCCAAAAAGCACAAGUUGGCUUACCCACCGCCCAUGGUGGAGGGAGAGGGGCUUGUCAGCCGGCUGGUAGAGGUCGGGCCCGCCGGCGCUCAGUUCCUUGGCCCUGUGAUCGUAGAGAUUCCCCAUUUUGGAUCAAUGCGAGGGAAAGAAAGGGAGUUGAUUGUGUUGAGGAGUGAUAAUGGUGACACGUGGAAGGAGCACCAGACCGACGCCAGACUAGAGGACCUCACUGACCUGCUUUUUGGCAUGGAUGAGGAGCUGGACAGUCCCAUCGAGUUGGAGAAGAAGCGCAUUUGCCGCAUUGUCACCCGAGAUUUUCCUCAGUAUUUUGCUGUGGUGUCAAGGAUCAAGCAGGAGUCUAACCACAUGGGUCCUGAUGGAGGCAUACUGUCCUGCAGCACUGUGCCCAUGGUGCAGGCCUCAUUCCCACAAGGGGCUCUCACCAAGAGGAUCCGGGUUGGCCUACAGGCCCAGCCUGUACCGGACGACAUGGUGAGAGCGGUGCUUGGAAACAGAGCCACUUUCAGUCCCAUCGUCACUGUAGAGCCACGGAGGAGAAAGUUCCACAAGCCAAUCACCAUGACGAUCCCCGUUCCUCCGAGAUCGGCAGAAGGACAUCCCAGCGGCCGCCGAGGCGACGCUGCACCAUGCCUGCGAGGGACAUCUCCUGCACAGUGGGAAGACAUCACAGGAACCACUCCUCUGUCCUUUGUAACGGACUGCGUCUCCUUCACCACAAAUGUGUCGGCCAGGUUCUGGCUCGCAGACUGUCACCAGAUUCCUGAGACGGUGAGUCUAGCGUCUCAGUUAUACCGGGAGCUGAUCUGCGUGCCGUACCUGGCCAAGUUUGUGGUGUUUGCCAAGAUGAACGACGCUGUUGAGGCGAGGCUGCGCUGCUUCUGCAUGACAGACGACAAGGUGGACAAGACACUCGAGCAACAGGAAAACUUUGAAGAAGUGGCACGGAGCAAAGAUAUCGAGGUUCUUGAGGGCAAGCCCAUCCAUGUGGAUUGUUAUGGAAACCUGUCUCCUCUGACAAAAAGUGGGCAGCAGUUGGUUUUCAACUUUUACUCCUUUAAGGAAAACAGACUCCCUUUCAACGUGAAGAUCAGAGAUAUGGGCCAGGAACCAUGUGGCCGUCUCUCCUUCCUGAGAGAGCCCAAAUCCACAAAAGGCCUUCCGCAGGCUGCAAUAUGCAAUUUGAAUAUAACACUGCCAACCCACAAGAAGACUGAAAAGCCAGAGAGACGUCAUACCUUUGCCUCCUUAGCUUUGCGUAAGCGCUACAGCUAUUUGACUGAUCCAGCAGCGAAAACAUCUGAUCGAAGCUCGCCACGAUCACAGCCUUCUAGCCAGCCUCACAAACCUGUCUUUUCAACGAGAUCUUAUCAGGCGUGGUCGCCUGUUCCUGUCGCCAUCCCUGGCCAAGCCAAGUCUGGGUUUGGCUCCCUCUCCAGUUCGUCAUCCAACACGCCUUCUGCCUCUCCAUUAAAGUCUGUCUGGUCCAUCAACUCUGCUUCCCCCAUCAAGACCAACAUCCCUGGAUCACCCGCAUCCUCUGUAAAGUCAGUUAGUGAUACUGCCUCUCCCAUCCGAUCCUACAGAACCAUCUCGUCUCCAAUAAAGACAGUAGUCCAGCAAGCUCAGUACCCUGUCCAGGUCACCCCCAGCCCCCUGGCCUCCCCAGGCAAAAGUGCUCCAGAUCCUCUAUCUAUGAAGGGAUUGACAGCAUUGUCAACUAGGACCUCCCCCAUAACUACCUCUGGAUCAGGAAACAUGGGUCUGACCCCACCGACCUCCCCAAAAUCUUCUCUAAAUAUGUUCAAUUCUCCUCUUUCAUAUAAGACGAUAUUGGGAACCUCUAGUGGAACAACAUCAUCCUCUUCACCCAUAAAAACAGUCCCUGGCCUCUCUUCUGUUCGCUCUUUUGCAGCUGAUGCAACUGGUUCUGCAAGAAAUCUGUUCUCCUCGCUCUCAUCACCUCUGAAAUCCAACAACUCCUCAAAUGCUGCUGCUCUGAUCAAUGGAACUGUGUCACCAACACAAUACCGCUCUUCCUCCCCAACAUCUCUUCUCACCAGCAGUCUGCAAGAAAGAAUACAAGCAACCACCAAUGCUGCAACUACAAGUGUAAAUGCAGCCUUUGAUGAAGUUGAAAAGACUUUUAAUUCUUGCUCUGCAGGCUAUGGCACCCUUAAAUCUUUGUCUUCCUCUGCAUCCUCUUCAUAUCAGUCUAUUAGAUCAUCAGCGUCUAGUUCCCUUUAUGCCUCUCUAAGGUCCCCACCUAAUGCCACUACUGCUGUAACAUCAAGCACCAUGACUGUUCCAGUGUACUCUGUUAUAAAUGUCCUGCCAGAGCCCCAGUUUAAAAAGUUACCUGAAGUGUCCAAAUCAGCUGCUGCUCUUUUGUCCCCUAGGAAAACUUUGCCCGCUGAGGUGAAUCCUCAGUCCUCCUUUGUAAGAACUCUUUCUCCCAUCAAAACCCCUCUUUUUCCUGCUGGCAUCAAAUCCAACAGUAUAUCACCACUUUCAUCCAGCCAAGAGAUUCUGAAGGAUGUAGCUGAAAUGAAGGAAGACCUAAUAAGAAUGUCAGCCAUUUUGCAGACAGACCCAAAUUCUACAGCAAGUAAAGGAUUGCAGUCUGAUUCUCCCAGGGAGGGUAAGAUAGAAGAUGAGGAGCCAUAUCGGAUUGUGGAGAAAGUGAAACAAGAUUUGGUAAAAGUCAGUGAAAUCCUCACCAAAGAUGCUAGGAAGGAUGGUCGGGCCUCCCCUGCAAGGGGUACAUUGGAUGACAUACACUUCUCUAAAGUACAAGUUGAACAACCACCAAGCAACUGGAGCUACCCUCCAAGAUAUGAGACGGUGGUUCCCCAAGCCAAAUCAAAAAAGAUACCUGACCGAGAUUUCAAUUUGUCCAAAGUGGUUGACUAUCUAGCCAAUGAUGUUAGUAGUAGCUCUUACUCCAAAAUACAUGAAACAAACCAUAAAGCAGAUGAGGGCAAAAGAGAAGGAGAGUGUAAAGAGAAACAGAAACGAGUACUGAAACCAACCAUAGCAGUUCAGGAGCACAAGCUCAAAAUGCCUCCAACAAACAUGCGGUCUUCACCUUCAGACAAAGAAAUCAGUAAAGUAGCAGAUGCACUGUUUGGAGCAGAUACAGUACUAGAAUCCCCUGAUGAUAUCUCACACGAACAGGAUAAAAGUCCUCUAUCUGACAGUGGGUUUGAGACCAGGAGUGAGAGGACACCUUCUGCCCCUCAAAGUGCAGAAGGCAUGGGUCCCAAGGCUCUUUUUCAGGAAAUUCCAGUUCCACCAGUGAUCACUGAGACAAGGACUGAGGUAGUCCACGUCAUCCGGAGCUAUGAGCCAGAGGAUAACAAACAGCCUGCGAUGGAGGAUGCACAUCCAGUCAGAUAUAUUGAUUCAGAUAGUAAAGGGCAUCAGAUUCAAUCUCCAGCAACCCCAGACCAAAAUAAAUCGUAUUCAGUAAAAGUAAGCCCUGAUGAAGAUCCAAUGGGAAAAGGGAUGAGGGUAAAGGAGGAAACUCACAUCACUACCACCACCAGGAUGGUAUACCACAAACCACCUAUCAAAGAAACUGCAUCAGAGAGAUGCGAAGAGACAAUGUCUGUGCACGACAUAAUGAAAGCUUUCCAGUCAGGCAAGGACCCAUCUAGAGAGCUAGCUGGCCUGUUUGAGCACAAAUCUGGCAACGAAGAAACAUCACAAAGAGUCCUCGAUGACAUUCACUCGAAACCUAAGGUUGAAAGAAUAAUUGAAGUGCACAUCGAAAAGGGCAAUAAAACUGAACCCACUGAAGUCAUCAUCAGGGAGACAAAAAACCAAACAGAGAACGAAAUGUUUUACUACCCAGGGAGUAGACAAGAUGAGGAACCCGAAGAAUCAAUUCCAAUUUACCUCGAUUCCCCCAGAGUGAACACACCCAUGUCACAGGAAGAAGACAGUCGUCCCAGUUCAGCCCAGCUCAUGGCAGAUGACUCCUACAGAACACUAAAGCUACUCAGCCAGCAAUCUGUAGAGUACAAGGAGGAUGAACUAUCUGAGCUGAGGGGGGAAUCUUACAAUUUUGCAGAGAAAAUGUUACUUUCUGAGAAAUUUGAACAAUCUCAUUCUGACACAGAAGAGUAUCUGAGAGAUAGGUCUCGUUUCCACUCACCAGACAGAAGUAGUCGCAGCGAGGGUAGGUCAGUUGGGCCCAGAACAGAUUAUGUCUUUAGGUCAUCGAGAAAUGUUUUUGACAAAUCUGGACGAAUGGCCAAUGUUGAUGAUAACUUUGACAAACUGACACUUUUGCAAUAUUCCUCUGAGCCUGGGAGCCCAAAGCAGUCUGUUUGGAUGCGUGUGCCAGAUGAGAUGCAGAGUAUGGAUAGUAAACAGCUUAUGUAUGAGGACAGAGUGGACAGGACUGUAAAAGAGGCAGAGGAAAAACUUAGUGAGGUAUCGCAGUUCUUUCGGGAAAAAACAGAGGAGCUCAAUGAUGAGCUUUCGUCUCCAGAGAAAAAAUCUCGAAGACCAGACUUCAGGGAAUCACAAUCAGGGCCCAGGUCAACACAGAGUAGCCCAGAGAGGUCACCCUAUAGGAGUGGGGGUAGUGGAGAAGAGUGGAAUAGGGAGAGGCUAAGGGACAGGUUUGGGUCCAGUGACAGAAAAUGUGCCAGUUUACCCAGCAGUCCUGAAAGACGAGUUUUGCUGCAGUUCAGUGAAGCAGACUCGAGACAAAAAGGAGAUAGUAAUUCACAGGGCAGUGCAAGUGAUAAUUCUAAACCUUUUCAAAUGUCUUCUUCUAAAGUCAGUGCAGUUAGACUGAAGUUUGAGCAAGAGGCUCAGAGGCAAGAUAAGAGCACUCAGGGUAGCCAAAGUCCAAACCCUCCCAUCAGGAAACUCCAAGAAACUAAGUUACCUGUGUAUCAGGUAUUUGCAGGUUCUAAUACUCCUAAACCACCGGACAGUCCAGGUAAUCAGAGGAAAUGUAUGGAGAGUGAAUCACAUAAACUUUCAUUUAAACAUGAGAUUAGUGGAAAAGAUCAAGACGAGAACAGGUUAUUCAAAACUUGGGAGAGCCAAGGAUAUGGACACUACAAACCUCAGUCUCCCAAACUUUCUCGUCCUUCAGUCCAUGAUAGUACAAAAGACGGUGACUCCCAAAGACAAGAAACAACAAAGAAAAUAAUCUAUACAGAAUUUGUUGUCCGAGAAAGUCCAAACAACAACGAUAGUCUAAAAAAAAACUCGGAAUCGCAAAUUCCAGUAAGAAAAACAUCCAAUUUCUCAGAAAUUAACAAAUCCACUUCUUUAAAUUUAGAUGAAUCUUGUGAAAGGUCUGGGUCUCAUAAGCCUUCUUUAGCUAGAAAUCGAUUGCACAGUAGCUCUGAAUCAAAUAAGUCUACUCGUGGAAAUUCCAAGUCACCAGAGGGUAGCCAGUCGACUAUUGUGUGUAACGGUGUUGACGAUGACCAAAUAGAGUAUUUGGAUCAAGUAACCCCUGUAGUUGUCACUGAGGGUUUCAAAGACAUUAAACCCUUACCUGUGUAUGUUAGCAUCCAGGUAGGAAAACAGUAUGAGAAGGAAACAGCUUCAGGGCAGCUGGGAACAUAUAAAAAGAUAGUAAGCCAUGAGAGUAGAACAGUGCAUGAGACUAGGGGGGCAUUUUACACUGUCAAACAAAAACAGUCUCCAUCUCCUCAAGGAAGUCCAGAAGAUGACACUCUAGAACAAGUGACAUUAAUGGACAGCUCUGGGAAAAGCCCUGUCACUCCUGAGACACCCAGCUCAGAUGAUCUUAGUCUGACCUCCAGAACGCCUGACUCUGUUAUAGGCUUCAUGCCAGGUAUGCCAAGCCCUAUCCCAGAGGAAUCUGAGGAGGAAGAAGCAAAGACCUUCAUUUACAAAGAGCCCUCAAAGGAGAAAUCCAAGCCAGCUUCCCGAGAGAAUCAAAGCAAAAGACAGGAUGGAGAACGAGGGAAGUCAAAGGACAAAAGAGUUGCUUAUAUAGAGUUUCCACCACCUCCUCCUUUAGAGGCAGAGCAGUCUGACCCUGAGAAAAGGGGUUCAUGUGCUUCCUCUGAGGCAGAAACAGAGAUGAUAGAGGUGAACCUCCAAGAGGAGCAUGAUAGGCACCUGUUAGCUGAACCAAUCAUCAGGGUCCAGCCACCAUCACCUAUACCACCUGGAGCUGAAAACAGUGACUCAAGUGACGAUGAGUCUGUCUUCCAUCCCAUUCCUAUAAAAAAGUACACUUUCAAAAUGAAGGAAGAAGGGGAAAAACGCCCAAAAUGCAAAAGAUCUGAUAAAAAUGGAAAUAAUAAAGAGUCGGGGGUUAAUGGUGAUGUAAAGGCGGAGGAUACUGACUUGGAACAAAAUGGCAAUGACCAGUCAAUCACUGACUGUUCCAUAGCAACCACAGCUGAAUUCUCCCAUGACACAGAUGCAACUGAAAUAGAUUCAUUGGAUGGAUAUGACCUUCAGGAUGAGGAUGAUGGUUUGAGUGAGGACCCUAAAACCUCUAGUCUGUCCAAUGAUGGAAAAACCACUGACCGCUCAUUUAGUCAGUCCAAGCUCGAAGUGAUUGAGGAGGAGAAAUGUGAAGAAGGGGGUGAUAAUGGAAAUACCAAAAGCAGCACAUCUGCAGCAAAAAGUAGUGGGGAUGAAAAAGAUUAUACCCUUGAAGGGAGACAUCCAGACAGGCAGGGCUUUGGAGAAAACUACUUUGGCUACCAACUUGAUGAGGAGCUUAAUUCAACCUUCAAGACUGUUGCGACCAAAGGUUUGGACUUUGACCCCUGGUCUACAAAAGGGGUUGAUAAUGAAGGGGUUUUCGAACCUAAAUCAAAAGAGGAGGACCCAAAACCAUUUGGUUUAUCUGUGGAGGACAAAUCUCAGGCUACAACACCUGACACAACCCCUGCUCGAACACCAACUGAUGAGAGCACACCAACUAGUGAGCCUAACCCCUUCCCUUUCCACGAAGGGAAGAUGUUUGAGAUGACCCGCAGUGGUGCAAUUGACAUGAGCAAGCGGGACUUUGUUGAAGAGAGGCUUCAGUUUUUCCAGAUUGGUGAGCAUUCCUCUGACCCUAAAACAGGGGAAAAGGGGCGAGGGGGCAAGAUCCUGGGGGUACUUUCCUCUCAGUCCCAAACAGGGGAGAGGUCCACCGUAGAUGGGAAGGUGACGGUUGUAGAUACUACCUUAGACAACAGCACAACACCAACACCAGCAGCAACUACAGCAAAAUGCAGCCCUGGCAGUGACACUGAUUAUGCUGGUGCUGAGAUCGCCGUCUGUGAAGCCCUAGUUGAGACUGCCUCCUCAUGCACAAUCACAGCCUCUAAGGUUGAUUCCAGAUUACGUACUCCCAUUAAAAUGGGCAUAGCUGCCUCUAUAACUGUGAAAAAAGACUCAGGGGAUCUCACCGAAUGUAAAGGGGAGAUGUCAGAGGGUCAGAUGGUGCCAGAAUAUGUGAGUAUAGAAGGUCAGUGUACAGAGAAAAAGUCAAACAAUCCUGUUGAGUCCGAGUUAGAAAGAAGAGAUUACCCCACUGAGAACUGCAACAACAACAAUAACCUUGAGUCCUCCAGUGUUCAGGCCAACUACAUUCAAUGUGGGAGUGUUGUAUUUAAUUUGCAGUCCUCCUCUGAGCCCACCCUUCAGAAAGCCAACAUGAUAGAGAAGCUGUGCUGUAGGGAUUUAGAUGAGAAAGUAGAAGUGCACAACAGCCAUCAGGUGCAGGAACAAAAAAAUGAAACAGUCAAAGAAAAUGAAGUGAAGCAGCCCAAAUCAAGACUUCCUGUGAAAGCAUCAGGGUGGUCAUUUCAUACACAGGGAACAGCCAUUGGUAAGCAGAAGCCCAAACAAGCAGUAAAAGCUGAGGUCAGGAAAAGAAGAGAGCCAGCCGUAGCCAAGGUAGAGCCCAGAUCUAGAAUACCAGUCAAGGAUGUGAAAAAGAGUAGUCCUGCUGCCCCGACUACCACACCUUUAUUAGUUCAGGUAACAUCACAGCCAAUGAAGAAAUUGGACACACAGAGAUCAGCCAUACAGUUGCCCACAAGGCUUCCGCUGAAGGACAGGCACCAGGUCAGAAAUACCACAAGUGAGGGAGCAUGUAGGCAGGACAGGCAGGAUAACCCUAGUGAGCUUUGCAAGCGCACCAUCCAGUACUUUAAAGACAUUAGCGGGGAGACGCUAAAGUUGGUGGACCGCCUAUCAGACGAGGAGAAAAAGGCGCAGACAGAGCAGUCGGAGGAAGACAGCACCUCCCGGAGCACCUCUCUGUCGGACGCCUCCCAGCCUUCCCAGCCCUCCCAGCCCUCUCGCUCAUCCAGGUCUGGUAGAGGUUCGAGGGCUGAGGCCGGGGCCGCGUCCGUAAGGGCAAAGGUGGCGACGACGGACAGGGCCUCCGGCAUUGAGAGGAGCAGAAGGAGUAGGAGGACUGGUGGGAAGGAGGGCAGUCAGGGACUCACAGGGUCUCGAACGCCUCCCAUCGCGGAGAUCAAGCCUAGUCCCCAAAGUCCAUGUGAGCGAACAGAUUUGCGCAUGGCUAUUGUUGCAGAUCACCUGGGUCUCAGCUGGACAGAGCUGGCUCGAGAGAUGAACUUCACAGUGGAUGAGAUCAACCACAUAAGACUGGAGAACCCUAAUUCUCUGACAGCACAGAGCUUCAUGCUUCUUAAAAAGUGGGUCAGUCGAGAAGGAAAAAAUGCCACAACGGAUGCCUUAACUGCAGUGCUGACCAAAGUCAAUCGGAUGGAUAUUGUGACUUUACUGGAGGGCCCAAUAUUUGACUAUGGUAACAUUUCAGGCACAAGAUGUUUUGCCGAUGAUAACGCUGUUUUCCGGGAUCAGGCUGAUGAUUAUCAGAGCAUUCUAGCAGAGCUGCAGUCUCCCGCCGCACUGCAAUCCAACCCUUACUUCCUGGAGCCUGAACUCCCUGUCACCCCCAAUCCUUCCCUUGCCCCCCAUCGGCAGCACCAUUACCCAGAACCAGACUCCCCUUGCCAGGCGUACACCCAGCCCCCUCCUUGGACUCCAGUAGUAGAACCCAUAAACCAAGAGUCAGACAGUCCUCCUAGGAGCCCUCCCAGACCAAGCGAGCUUGCCUUGUCCAUCUCUGCCUUUGAACUCCCCGAUCCUGUUUCUUCUAAGGUCAGAAAGCCCCACAUCGCCCUGAACGACCAGCUCCUUUUGAGCGAGGAGGAGGACAAGUCCUUUCAAGAAAUGGCGCCUGCCCGAAAGCCAAGGUCCCGCUCCUUCCCAGCGAUGUGUGAACUAGACUUUGACAUGACAUACUCCACAUCUUCCCCUUCACUGUCUUUGGUGUCAUCCAUAAGCCCGCUGUCACCUGACAGAACACAAGUGGGAGUUGGAGGGGGGCAGACAGACCCCUUCAGUGGGCUACGAGGGGAUGGAGGUUUGAGUGCGCGUUCAAAGGAUGGAGAAACAGAGAAAGUUGUUGAGAUGGUUGCCGCAGAGUCAGCAGAGGGAAAUGGAUUAGUGGAGAAGUGGGUGGAGCAAGACUUGCUAAAAAAUGUUGAAAGAAAGUGUGAGAUGAUUAUAAAAAACAUGUCUAAGCUAUCUGAGGAAAAUGUUAUUUUCUUAGAAAAGAGGAAGGAAUCUUCAGAGCAAGAGACAGAUAUUGUAAUUGCGCAUAUUCAGAGUAAGGAGUUGGGAUGUGAGGUGGAGGAGGAUAGAGAUGUGCAGAAUCUCUUAACAGAGCAGGAGAGUCCAGCAGAUAGGGUACAUGAAGUGGACAAAUGUGCACUACAAAGUGCAGGUGUCCCAGAAAGUGUUGAUCAAACACCUGACAUUAAAAAUUCUGAUACAAACGGUCAGAAAAAUGUUCAACUUGAGCCCAGAUUGGAUGAUCCAGAUGAAGACCUGGAGUUUAAAGACGAAAGAGGUGUUUGCAUGACAGCAGGAGGGGCUUUGGCAGCUGAGGACCAGAUUGUAGCUGACCUCUCUCCUCAGGCCUGGGUUGAAGCCCUCAGCGAGUCUGGAUCCCAUGUAGAGGAAGAGGAGGGAGGCAAAGAAAUCCCAGGGGAGGCUUUGGGGUCUUUUAUGGAUGAGAUAAGAAAACAAGAAGGCUCAGAGGAGACGGAGGAGGACAAAGAGAAGACUGAAUCCAGGGAUUACGUGGAUCUUGAAAAAGUUGAACAGACAGAAAAGGCCGUAUGUUCACUUUUAGGGUGGCACAGUGAUUCAUCCAGCGUGAACGUGGAACCUCCAACACCGGGCCGCAGUGUCAGCUCGGACCUGCUUGACAGACGGGAAAGCCAAGAGAACUCAAGUGACUCCAUCACCUCCUCGUCUAAGGCGGAAUCAGGGAGGUCCCGUCAGAAUGGCGAUAACUCAAAGCACUCACCUCAGGACGGCUCAUCUGAAUCAUCAAACGGCAAAAAGGAAGAUGGAGCACUGGUGUCAGAGAAAAAAGUUCAGCGGGUUAGAGUAGAUUCCGGGUCAGAGGAAGAACAGACCGUAACCACCAGAAUCUUCAGACGCCGUCUCAUUUUGAAGGGAGAAGAAGCAAAGAAUUUCCCAGGCGAGUCUGUAAAAGAGGAACACUACAUGGACCAAGAUGGUAACCUCAUCAGCAGAAAAGUGAUCAGGAAGAUUAUUAGACGGGUGUCGUCUCCCACACCAGAGAACCAAGGAGCUGACAAGGAGUUCAGUGACCCUCAGCACAGCCCAGUUCUACAGGAACAUGGGCCAGAGCAAGGAGACGGGGCAAAAAAAAGCAGACGGAAGGAUGAGAGAAGAUCAGGGGAUAAAAAGCACCACUCAUAG